AUUUCUUCGGACUCCGUUAUGGCGUCAUCGGGUUGGAUUCGCUACUCUUUCGUCUCUGCCCUGCCCCCUGCCAUUUUCAACUCUCUCCUCCCCUGUGUAAGUGUGUAGUCAUCAAUUACUGAGUGUUUCACGUCGCCAAUCUUCACUGUCAUCAGUAAGUCAAUCAGAAACCUCUCUGCAACUGUGUAUUACGCUUGUUUAUUUAUGUAUACGUUUUGUUAUGAUUAGAACAAUAUGAUACUGGAAACAAUGAGGUACACUUCGAGAUUUUUGAACUUACCCAGAAUUCAAUUUGGUCCGUUUAAUUCUUGUAUCCAAAAGAGAUGGAAAAAGCCAGCAGAUACAGCCCAAACUCGAUUAGAGAACAGAACGAGAGACCUUAAGCUAGAUAAACUUGUGACCCAUCUCAAGAAGCUUGAAACCAUCCUCGAAAUCAAGCAUCUCAUGGACACGCGCAAACGUGGACGCUUUGUAUCUGUGCAAUUGAUGUCUCGCUGGAAAAAUAUUCUAGGAUUGAAUGUUGGUAUUGGGGAGUUCAUUCACAAAUACCCUCAUGUUUUUGAGGUGUUCAGUCACCGGGUGAAGAGAAAUUUGUGUUGUAGGGUUACGAGGAACAUGAGGGAUUUGCUUCGUGAGGAGGAGAGUGUUAUGAAAGAGUGUGAAUUGGAUGCUGUAAGGAGAGUGAAGAAAUUGUUAAUGAUGUCAAAACAAGGAAGGCUUCAUGUUCAGGCUUUGAGGUUGAUUAGGAGAGAAUUGGGAUUGCCCGAGGAUUUCAGGGAUGCAAUUUUAGGGAAGUACACAGAAGAUUUUAGGUUAAUUGAUUUGGAGAUAGUGGAAUUAGUGGAUGGGGAUGAGGAUUUGGGGGUGGCUGAAAUUGAGAAAUGGAGAGAGAAAGAGUACAGGGAGAAGUGGUUGAGUGAGUUUGAAACCAGGUAUGCAUUUCCUAUUAAUUUUCCUACAGGUUUUAGGAUCGUUGCUGGGUUUAGGGAGAAGCUGAGGAAUUGGCACAGGCUUCCUUAUAUGAAACCUUAUGAGAGAAAGGAGGUUGUUCGGGUGCGUACUUGUGGAGGGAUUGAGCGAUAUGAGAAGCGAGCUGUUGGGAUGAUUCAUGAGUUGUUGAGCUUGACAGUGGGGAAGAUGGUUAGGGCCGAAAGAUUGACUCAUUUUAGGAAGGAUUUUGGCAUGGAAGUCAAUGUGCGUGAAGUUCUUCUGAAGCAUCCUGGUAUCUUUUACAUCUCUACGAAGGGAAGCUCUCAGAUUGUUUUUCUCCGAGAAGCAUAUAGCAAAGGGCAUUUGGUUGAGCCAAACCCAAUUUACCUUGUUCGUCGGAAAAUGUUAGACCUUGUGUUGCUAGGGUGUCGAAAUACAACAGAAUCACGACCUGAAGAGAAAACAGAAGAGAAAAUAGAAGAGGGGAAAAACAAUUUAGGUUGUAAAGUGGAUGGAAGAGGCCCGAGGGAGGGAGAUUGGGUCAUUCCUUUGUUAGAGGGUUCUUAUAAUGGAACUCAGAAGAAUGUUGGUGAGACUAGUGACUUAUCUGAAGAGUUUGAUGAAUAUGGUGAAAUGAUGCAUACUGAAGAAGCAAAUCAACUGUGACAUGGUUAGUCUAUGGUAUUCUCUUUAAUAACUCUGGAUGUUGUUCCUAUGAAUAACAAGGCAACUCUCCAGCAGACUGUUCAGGUGUCAAGACAGUAACUCACCUUGGAUUUGGAAUAUCAACAGUGUCUAUACACCAUUUGCAGUGAUGAGUUUUAUUGGAAUCAGUCGCAGCAACUGUAAUUACCUCUCCCUAGUUGCUUGUGAUCUCAGAAUAUCAAAGCUCUACAGGGAAGUCUCUACGAAUCUCAUCCAUUUUGUGGCAUCAAUACAAACGCCACCGGUAAGUAACUAAGUACCCAUAAUGAAUAUAUCGUCAAGCCUUCACAGGAGCAUUUAGCCGAAAAAUGAGGCAAGCCUUCUGGAGCCCAUCAUGAGGAUACUACUGAUCUAGUUGCAGAUACUUGCACAACUUGCUAAUCUGCUUCGCUGGUCUCGGUCUCGGUCUCAAAAUGACAAUAUUGAUGUUAAUGAACCAUCUGCUCAUGAAUUUGAACUUCUGUGCAACAAGAGCUUGGAACAGAAAACUUGGCAUUAAUCUGCCAUAUUGACAGCUUUUCUUUCAAAGCAAUGCAUCAUUUGUUGCAUAUCAAUCUUCAUGGUGCUUAGCUUUUCCUUUUUCUUUUUUCUUUUUUCUUUUUUCUUUUCUCCUUAAGGCGGGCGAUGGGAAGACUGAAACUCAAUACCUUUAUAAGAGACCAUACACAUGAGUGUCAUCUUAGCCUUCUUAUUUAUUUAUGUUUUGUAAUCGUUUACUUUUGGCAAGCAUUUUCUUUUGUAAUCACUAUAACCCUUAGCCUGUUGACAAGGGCAGUUCCAACAAGUCACUAAUGAUUUUAC